AUGGGCUUCAAAAAGGACUUGGGAACAUUUCCUACAAUUGCAGAUGAGAUACUCGUGACUUAUAUUCAGAUUCUUUGGAGGCAAUUAACAAUUUAUCCAGGGAUAGUGACAUGGACCACCCAUUGUGGUUUGAAAUUGAGGAAACCAAGGAAUUGCAACAGAUCGUCGUCCGCCGCUGUUCGCUGUUCCAGAUCGUUGUUCGCCACUGUUCGCUAUUCCAAAUCAUCGUCUGCUGUUGUUCGUUGUUCCAGAUUAGUGUUCAUCGCUAUUUGUGCGGCUGCUGUACACUGGAGGAAGCGACACCGUGAAGACCUCCGUUGUAGCCGUGUGUCAUUGCUGUACAGCCGAGGAAGCAACGCUGCAAAGACCUCCGCUACUGCCGUGAAGACUUUCGUUUUCUGCCAUGAAGACUACACUGUGAAGGUACCUACACAAUUACAAGGUUGGGAGUGUGGAUACUAUGUUAUGAAGUUUAUGAGAGAAGUAAUCACACAACAAGAGUUGAUCAUUCCUGAAAAUUAUUUUGUUGGAGUAAGAUGUUCGUAUUUUACUAUGGAGCAAAUAGAAGAUUUAGUUGAAGAGUUGUCAGAAUAUAUUAUUAGCUGUUUGUGAUAGGAAGUUAGAUUUCAAUGUUAGAAAAAUAACAAUAGUUUCAUUUGUUAGGCUUGUUAGAAAUUAAACUAGGUUAGUUAGGAAAUUAAA